AUGGACACGCCCCACCGGGAAGCUCAGCUUCUCUACCUUGAUGCCCUUGAUCCUACUAAGGAUAUUGUCAUGUCUGUGAAUUCUCCUGGUGGAUCUGUUACUGCUGGCAUGGCUAUAUUCGAUACCAUGAGGCAUAUCCGACCUCAUGUCUCCACUGUUUGUGUUGGUCUUGCUGCUAGUAUGGGAGCUUUUCUGCUUAGUGCUGGAACCAAAGGAAAAAGAUACAGUCUACCAAACUCAAGGAUAAUGAUCCAUGAGCCGCUUGGUGGAGCUCAAGGUGGCCAGACUGAUAUCGACAUUCAGGCGAAUGAAAUGCUGCACCACAAGGCUAACCUAAACGGUUACCUCGCUUACCAGACUGGUCAAAGCCUCGACAAGAUCAACCAAGACACUGACCGUGAUUUCUUCAUGAGUGCUAAAGAGGCUCAAGAUUAUGGACUUAUCGAUGGUGUCAUCAUGAACCAUCUUAAAGCUCUUCAGCCACUUGCAACAGCUUAACGGCCUCAAGGUAAUACUCCAGCUUAGCACUUUUAGUGGGUGGGCCUUUUAUGAACUGAUGGAAAUCAAAUUUGUUUGGGAUCUAAAUCAAUUGUAGCUGUGAUACAUUUAUUUAUGAAGAAUAAAGUAAAGUUUAAGCA